CAGAGCUGCUGUAUGCACUGCAGUGGUGUAAGGAGGUAGACUACAUCCCUGCAUAUCACAGCCUGCUAACUGACGGAGGUCUGUUGGAGAGACUCCAGAACCACGUUACUAUGAAAGAUCUGCUGCAGACACUCUACUCAAGGUCAGUGGAGGAUGGAGGUCUAUGGUCUCUGACUCUAGAAAACUACAUCCACACCAACAACUUGCCAUCCACUCACAGUGCAACAGUGAGGAAGCUUCAUGGCAGUGCAGACAGUUUAUUCCCGGUGUCUCAAAGCAAAUUGAGCACGCUCCAGGUACUCUGCCCCACCAUGACCAAAGAAGACAGAGAGACUCUCGUUGCUCUAGCAACGGCUGGAAUAAUCAACUGGCAAGAGAAUGAUGAUGUGUAUGGAUGUUUGGCGGUGCUGCUGUGCUGUCUCAACGCCAACACACAAACAGAGGAGGAGGUUGUGCAGGCUAUCCUGGCCACCCUGAUGGAGUGGAGGAACAGUAAGGAGGACUGGUUCCUCUUUAGCAGUGACCUGUCUAAAGCUACCGCAGAACAGUUGAACCUUGCUGUGGAGAUGAUGCGUUUCCUGUCCUGGCUGGUGACUCACUGUCCCACAGUUCUUGGGAGCAGCCAGUGGGACUUCUUGCUCUGCUCUAUGUUAGCCUGGUUGGAGACCGCGAGUGAGAAUGUGAGCAGUCUGUGGAACCCAUGGGUGCAGCUGUUUGUGUGUGAGGACGCUGCUUUGAUAGUGAAGCUGAACCAGUUCUUCACAUCAUCUUCACCGGAUGUACUGGAGAAGCUGCCGUCUGAAUUGACUGGUGAAUGGAGAGACUUCUUCGUGGAAGGAAUCUACAACCUGCUGUUUCCUCUGCCAGUCCAUAUCACAG